GACAAACCGGACAACUCCAAUGGGUUGUGCAUAUAUUCGCGGCCAUGGGCGCAGGUGCCACGAGUACUAUAGUCACUAAUCCAUUAUGGGUGAUAAAAACGCGAUUCAUGACGCAAAAUGAAACAACUUCAUAUAUGUAUAAAAAUACAUUUCACGCUUUUAAAACUAUACAUAAAACUGAAGGUUUCAAAGGAUUUUACAAAGGUCUUGGUCCUUCAUUAAUGGGCGUAAGUCAUGUGGCUGUGCAAUUUCCUUUAUACGAAAAAUUGAAAGUUUGGUUAAAACAUCCUGAUCAAGACCAUUUAUCAAAUCUUUCGAUUUUGUUCGCAUCAUCAGUUUCAAAAAUGGCAGCAUCAGUAGCAACUUAUCCACAUGAAGUGGUUCGUACGCGUUUACAAAAUCAAACGGCCAAACCAUUUAAGUACAAUGGAGUAAUACACGCUGUGAAAGUGAUAAAACACGAGGAAGGUUGGUUAGCUUUUUAUAAAGGGAUGUCGACUAAUUUAUUGAGAACUGUACCUGCAAGUGCUUUAACCAUUUUAACUUAUGAGAUAUUAGUUAGAAGGUUGAAUGCUAGUGCAGAUAAAGGUGGUUGA